AUGGGUGCACAAAAAUCAAAAUCAAGUUCCACGACAAGGAAGCAUGGUAAUCAACCGCGACAACGCAUGGUUCAAAACUGCCUCUUAGUUUGGGUGAAUGCAAACAUCGAUGAAAAGGACCAAGACUAUCAGAACACUUUGACUCACUUACGAAGUGUUGUCAAUGAUGUCAAUAUAUACACUCAACCAGCUGCUUCCGUUCAAUUCCUCAACAGCAUUGGUGAUGAAGAGGCUUUCGUCAUCACAUCGGGAUCCUUAGGUCAACAAUUAGUUCCCGAGAUUCACCACUUACCACAAGUGAAUGCCAUCUACAUCUUCUGUAGUAACAAUUCCAGGCAUGAAACCUGGACAAAGAGCUGGUCAAAAAUCAAAGGUGUUCACACAAAUAUCAAAGAAAUCUGUGAAGCGCUGACCACAGGUGUUAAACAAUAUAAUCAAGACUCCAUCGCCAUGAGUUUAGUUCCUGUAAUAGGAGAGGGUCCCAAUGCCAAUCUCAAUCAACUGGAACCCAGUUUUAUGUAUACGCAAAUAUUUAAGAAGAUUCUCCUCGACAUGGAACAUGACAAGCAAGGAAUCAAAGACCUGGUCAGUUAUUGUCGUCAGCGUUUUCAAGACAACAUCGUAGAGCAAAGGAUUAUUGGUGAGUUUGAACGUAACUAUCGUCCGGACAAGGCCAUUUGGUGGUAUACACGUGAGUGUUUUACUUACAAAAUGCUCAAUCAAGCACUUCGCACUUUGGAUGGCGAAGUCAUUAUUAACAUGGGAUUUUUUCUCCAUGAUCUGCACAAACAAAUACAACAACUACACAAAGAACAGGUCAGUAAUUACAGAGGAAAACCUAUCGUAGUCUACCGUGGGCAGGGACUAUGUAAGAAAAAUUUUGACCAGCUGUCAAAAACUGUAGGUGGUCUUUUAUCGUUCAACAACUUUUUAUCCACCAGUAUCAAACAAGAGAAAUCUCUUGAGUUUACCGACCGCGCUCUCGGUGAUCCGGACAAGGUGGGUGUUAUGUUCGUGAUCACAAUCGAUCCAAAUAUUGGUACUACGCCAUUCGCGUCAAUUGGGGAUCUUAGCUAUUUCGGAGACAAAGCAGAGAUCCUGUUUUCCAUGCACAGCGUGUUUCGAGUUGGUACAAUUCGACAAAAGGGUGACAAGAAUGAACUUUACCAUGAGGUGCAACUUCAGUUGACUGCUGAUAACGAUCCACAACUGCGUGUGUUAACGGGCCAUAUUGAAAGUGAAGUUCCAGGUAGUACAGGAUGGGAGCGUUUGGGUAGAUUAUUCCUUAAACUCGGACAGUUGGAUGAAGCCGAAGAACUCUACAAUAUUUUAUUGAAACAAAUGCCUGAUAACAAUAACAGAGCACUCUAUUAUCAUCAACUUGGCUUGCUGAAAACUCGACAAUAUGAUUAUGAAAUGGCUAUACAAUACUAUAAAAAAGCACUUAAAAUCCAAGAAAAAACUCUUCCUUCGAAUCAUCCUGAUUUGGCUACUUCGUACAACAACAUCGGUGGGGUGUACAAGAACAUGGAAGAGUAUUCGAAAGCACUUUCAUUCUGUGAAAAAGUACUUGAAAUUAGAGAAAAAACUCUUCCUUCGAAUCACCCUUCGUUGGCUACUUCGUACAACAACAUCGCUUUGGUGUAUGACAACAUGAGAGAGUAUUCGAAAGCACUUUCAUUCUAUGAAAAAGCACUUGAAAUCGAAGAAAAAACUCUUCCUUCGAAUCAUCCUGAUUUGGCUGCUUCCUACAACAACAUCGGUGCGGUGUAUCACAACAUGGGAGAGUAUUCGAAAGCACUUUCAUUCCAUGAAAGAGUACUUGAAAUUAGAGAAAAAACUCUUCCUUCGAAUCACCCUUCGUUGGCUACUUCGUACAACAACAUCGGUUUGGUGUACAUCAACAUGAGAGAGUAUUCGAAAGCACUUUCAUUCUAUGAAAAAGCACUCGAAAUCGAAGAAAAAACUCUUCCUUUGAAUGACCCUUCGUUGGCUACUUCGUACAACAACAUCGGUUUGGUGUACAGCAACAUGGGAGAGUAUACUAAAGCACUUUCAUUCCAUGAAAAAGCACUUGAAAUCCUAGAAAAAACUCUUCCUUCGAAUGACCCUUCGUUGGCUACUCCAUACAACAACAUCGGUGCGGUGUAUGACAACAUGGGAGAGUAUUCGAAAGCACUUUCAUUCCAUGAAAAAGCACUUCAAAUCCAAGAAAAAACUCUUCCUUCGAAUGACCCUUCGUUGGCUACUUCGUACAACAACAUCGGUUUGGUGUACAUGAACAUGGGAGAGUAUUCGAAAGCACUUUCAUUCCAUAAAAAAGCACUUGAAAUCGAAGAAAAAACUCUCCCUUCAAAUCAACCUUUGUUGGCUAUUUCGUACGGCAACAUCGGUUUGGUGUACAGCAACAUGGGAGAGUACACUAAAGCACUUUCAUUCCAUGAAAAAGCACUUGAAAUCCUAGAAAAAACUCUUCCUUCGAAUCACCCUGAUUUGGCUAAUUCGUACAACUGCAUCGGUGCGGUGUACAUGAACAUGGGAGAGUCUUCGAAAGCACUUUCAUUUCAUGAAAAAGCACUUGUAAUUAGAGAAAAAACUCUCCCUUCAAAUCACCCUUCGUUGGCUAAUUCGUACAACAACAUCGGUUUGGUGUACAUCAACAUGGGAGAGUAUACUAAAGCACUUUCAUUCUAUGAAAAAGCACUUGUAAUUAGAGAAAAAACUCUCCCUUCAAAUCACCCUUCGUUGGCUAAUUCGUACAACAACAUCGGUGCGGUGUACAUCAACAUGGGAGAGUAUACUAAAGCACUUUCAUUCCAUGAAAAAGCACUUGUAAUUAGAGAAAAAACUCUUCCUUCAAAUCACCCUGAUUUGGCUAAUUCGCACAACAACAUCGGUGCGGUGUACAUGAACAUGGGAGAGUAUACUAAAGCACUUUCAUUCCAUGAAAAAGCGCUUGAAAUUAGAGAAAAAACUCUUCCUUCGAAUCACCCUGAUUUGGCUACAUCGUACAACAACAUCGGUGCGGUGUACAUCAACAUGGGAGAGUAUACUAAAGCACUUUCAUUUCAUGAAAAAGCACUUGAAAUUAGAGAAAUCACUCUCCCUUCGAAUCACCCUGAUUUGGCUAUUUCGCACAACAACAUCGGUUUGGUGUACAUGAACAUGGGAGAGUCUUCGAAAGCACUUUCAUUCUAUGAAAAAGCACUUGAAAUCGAAGAAAAAACUCUUCAUUCGAAUCAUCCUUCGUUGGUUACUUCGUACAACAACAUCGGUUUGGUGUACAUGAACAUGGGAGAGUCUUCGAAAGCACUUUCAUUCCAUGAAAAAGCACUUGAAAUUAGAGAAAAAACUCUCCCUUCGAAUCACCCUUCGUUGGCUACUUCGUACGACAACAUCGGUUUGGUGUACAUGAACAUGAGACAGUAUUCGAAAGCACUUAGCUGUUUUGAACGCGCUUUGGACAUUUGGCAACGUGCAUUACCAGCGGAUCACCCUCAGAUAAAAUCUGUGAAACAAAGUAUCGAAAAUUGUAAAAGAGCAAUGAAGAAAUAA